AUGGGGGGCGCGCACAAUGAGGGAGUACAAGAUGGGGGGGCCCAGGACGCGACAACCCUCUACGACGAGCUGUAUCUCCUUUUCGAUGAGUACAUUGUAAGAAACUGCAAACAGCCCAACACAUACGAAUCCCUCUUUUGUAAAAAAGAAUUCGUCCAGUUUGCAAAGCUGCAUGGCACCAGCGUAGUAGUGACAUCGCCGAAAAAAGAGAUAAAAAACAAAGAUGAAAUAAUAGAUGAACUCAUUUACGCAUUUAAGCUUUUCGCAAAGUACACCAGUAUGUGUGAUUUUUUCUCCAAAAAUGAAGAAGUAGACGAUAUUAACACCAUAUAUUUGAAAUUCCUACUCAUCCCAUACAUACUGGGUGUCCUAUGUUAUGAAACCAUCAGCAUGGAGAUAAGGAGCGACCGCUUGAAAGAGGCAAAGUUGUACUUUGGUGAAUUCAUCAACGUUGUUAAUGUGUAUAAAAUAGCCCCAGUGGAAGAUUACCUUCUGGAUGAAGGUGGGGAGGUGAACCAGGCGAUGAAUAGGAGAAACAUAAAAGUUAAAAGAGCCAAGGACGAAAAGAAGUUGCAAGAUUUCUAUGAUGAUAUGAUUAAAAUGAACGUGAAGAAAGGUUCUUCCCAAAAUUAUAACCACUUGUGCUUCGCAGACCACAUGGAGGAGGAGCAAAUUAGGGAAAUCUACCUCUCCUUGAUCAAAUGCAAAUGUCUGCAAACGCUUAACAUGAUGGAUUUGAUAGACACGGAAAUUGAGGUCUUAGAAAUGCGCAACAGACAACAAGUUCAGGAUAAACAACACCAGAACGGAAAGCCUACUCAGGGUACCAAGGACACACACGAUGGGCAACCACCCCACCAGAACAAGCACCCAAAGGAUGGCAUCAAGAAACCAUGGCUUUUUACCAUUAAAAAAAAUAUGCCUCUUGCUGACAUGACCCAGAUGAGGAACUAUUACAGAGACCUCGUCUUCACCCCCGCACAUAACUUACCAACCAUAUCGCUAGAGGAGUGUGCCAAAAUCGAAAUGGAAUACGCCUUGAAGGGGGAGGGUAUGGCCCCCAGGAGCGAAGAGGAGCGGAGGGGAAACCCAAAAAGCGGAACGAUAAAGGGUGCUGCGCAAAACGGUACCGAUGAUGAAGAAGAUUACGAAAAGUCUUCCAAGGAGGAAAGCGAAAAAGAACUCAUGGACAGAGAGUGGGACGACUGGAAGGAUAUGCACCAGAAGGGAAUUGGAAACAAAAACAGAAACGUUGCUUGA